AAGGUUGACACACUCGCUUGGUCAUACAGCGCCAAGUUUGAGUCUGCAUGUCUUGUCGACUUCUUGUCGAGCACGACGUCGUCGGUCAGUUCGUCUUCAUCGUCUUUGUUUCACUGUGUGGCGACUAGAUGACUGCUUGUUGAUGCAUUGAUGAAGUUCUAAAGGAAUGGCGAGUGUCCAGGUGGCUUCUUCAAGUGCUGUGCCAUCUGAGUCUGCAGCGAGUAAAGAGAGCCAGCCAUGUGCACCAGACUUGCAACGUAAUAGUCUUGUGAGCGACGAGUCGACUGCCAAUAGCGACACGCUCAAGCUUCUUCGCGAACAACUGCGCUCCUCAGUGUCCGGUUUUCCCAGCAAUGGCGUUGGCACGGUUACAAAAUCUCUCAGUGAGGAGAGGUGUUCUACACCGUUGAUAUCGCACCAGCCUCCUCAUUCCUACCGGCAAGUCAGCCACAGCCUGUCUGCCAUCUCUUCACCUAUUCCACGACAAGCAGCAUCGCUACCGUGCAGCCCGCGCAAUGGCCUUAGCGUUAUGCCAUCUCUGAGCAGUGGGCAAAUGACGUCACCAGUACAACGUAUGGUGCCCCUGUCCACUGCUCAUGCAUCCUCCAUGAUUCCACCGUACACGUCGCCAGCUGACGGCUCCAGUGUAUUCACGCCGCUCAACGCAGGCGCUGGACACUCGCUCAUGAGUUCGCGCAGUACCCCGGCCACACCUUCGUUGAAAAAUACUGUUAUGAACACAUUGUUAACACCUCUGAACAUGGCGGCUCAUGCAGCUCACAUUGCGCGCUCAGGAGCUGCUGAAACGAUUGCAAGUCCAUCAACUUCUCCAAGACCGGGUAUCCUGAGAAAGCGCGGUGAAAGCCAUAGCAAGACUACAAUGUCAGCUCCAAGUUCCACUUCGUCAGCCACAAAGCUAGAGAACUCGCUGAGAUCGCUCCAGUCCCUGGGCUCCAUAUCGUCCACCUCAAGUAGUCCUGGUUUGGAAGUAGCUGCUCCUGCACGCAAGAAACCGCGCAAGCAGAACAUGGUGACGACGGAGGACCCUCUAGCAAGCAACGUCCCUCCCGCCGAGUCACGUCUUGGCAGCAGCUCGUCUUCCGGCACCACGCCUGCAACCACGCCUAACUCCGUGCCGCCACCGCCGCCUCUGAAGGAGUCCAUUCAGCAGUUCCCGUUUCGAAAAAGGAUGCCGGCCAAUUUCGGGGCGGGCUACAAGCCGGCCACCACUGGCUCCAAGGCGUCCAUAAAUCACUUCCAGCGGUCCACUGAUGUCAAAGUGAAAGAUGAGAAGCGGCCCUCAAUAGCGGAACUGUCUGCGCAGAAAGCACGCCUUAAAGACCUAGAAGGCUGGAAACUUACCCGUAUGAUUAGCAACCUCGACUCGCUUGAGAAGAUGGAAAAGAGUAAAAUCGACGUAGUGAAUGGUUACUUGGAUCAGUUGCCUUCCUCCAAGUCCCUUGACAAGAAGGCAUCGGAGGACCUCCACGCCGUUGUAGAGCUUCUCAAGGGUAAUCUACAGCGGUCUAAAGUUCUCGUAGAGCAUGUCAGAGAAACAAAGCAACAUUUAGAAAAGGUACUUGACCAUCGGCCGCGAGUCAUCCAGCUAUUCAAUAAAUUCCACAAGCCUGCGCGUGGCAGUAGCAGUAGCAGCAGUGGUGGCAAUUCCGCCAACAGCGGCAGUGGUAACAAACGGAAAGCAUGAUCAUACAAUUUCUAUUUCUACUUUAAUUUAGUGUCUGCCCUGAUUCGUCCCUUCCAUAUAUGAUUUAUCAUAGUCGUUCAUCUUGUUUCCCCCGGUUAACCCUAGACUGUAGAGCUUUGUACAUAGCAGAAAUUUGUAGAUCACCUUCCACUUUAGGGUGCUGCCCAAACUCUCUCUCUCUCUCUCUCUCUCUCUCUCUCUCUCUCUCUCUCUCUCUCUCUCUCUCUCUCUCUAUUAUAUUCACACGGGGAGCCGACAUUAUCACUCUCUAUUACGUCUUAUUUUCUUUCUGUCAUCUAGAGCUGAAUUGAAGCUAACCAUGCGUCUUAGCCUAGCAGCGUGUGACAGUGUAGUAAUUGGUUGUAAGAGUACAUCAUAACAUGCCCAUCACUGCA